GCUGAGGCGUCACUUCCGGGAGGUGGCUGGAGCCGGAGCGGCGGCGCCGGGUCUGCGCGAAGCCCGGAGAAACUUCCCCCCUCCCCCCCCCCCGGGACCGGCCGGGACCCCCCCAGUCCCCCCCGCUCCUCCCGUCGCGCUCGCUGCGGCCCGGGCAGCGUCGCCGCCCCUGCCCGCCGCCCCGGAGCGGGGGGGCCCGGUGAGGGCCGGGGGCUCGCGGCGGCCGCCCGGGGCAUGCGGCCGCGGCCGCGGGGCGCGCACUAUGUGGUACAUCAUGCAGAGCAUCCAGAGCAAGUACUCGCUGUCGGAGCGGCUCAUCCGCACCAUCGCCGCCAUCCGCUCCUUCCCGCGGGACAACGUGGAGGAUCUCAUCGGCAGGGGUGCGGAUGUGAACUGCAUGCACGGGACGCUGAAGCCGCUGCACUGCGCCUGCAUGGUGGCUGAUGCCGACUGCGUCGAGCUGCUGCUGCAGAAGGGAGCGGAGGUGAACGCUCUGGAUGGCUACAACCGAACAGCCCUUCACUACGCAGCGGAGAAGGACGAAACGUGCGUGGAAAUCCUCUUGGAAUACGGAGCCAACCCCAACGCUCUGGACGGGAACAAGGACACCCCCUUGCACUGGGCAGCCUUCAAGAACAACGCGGAGUGCGUGCGGGCGCUGCUGGAGAACGGCGCCCUGGUGAACGCCCGCGACUACAACAACGACACGCCGCUGAGCUGGGCCGCCAUGAAGGGCAACCUGGAGAGCGUCAGCGUCCUGCUCGACUUCGGCGCCGAGGUCCGUGUGGUCAACCUGAAAGGGCAAAGCCCCAUCUCCCGUCUGGUGGCUUUGCUGGUUCGGGGCUUGGGGACGGAGCGAGAGGAUUCCUGCUUCGAUCUUCUCCAUCGAGCUAUCGGACACUUUGAGCUGAGGAAAAACGGGAGCAUGCCCUGGGAGGUGUCCCGGGACCAGCAGCUCUGCCAGAAGCUCACCCUGCUCUGCUCGGCCCCGGGGACACUGCAGACACUGUCACGUUACGCCGUCCGCCGCAGCCUGGGCGUGCGGUUCCUGCCCGAGGCCGUGAAGCAGCUGCCUCUGCCCACCUGCCUCAAGGAGUACGUGCUGCUGCUCAGCUAAGCCGAGGACGGGGCGCCGGGAUGAAGGAUGAGGAUGGUUUGGGGCUCGUGGGUGCUGCAUCCCCCUCCCCACUCGCUGGUUUUCAUCCUGCUCUGCCCGGCAGGGACCCAUUGGUGCUGCUCGUGGUGUCUCUGUGCCCUCAGCGCCUGCUCGGUGGCUCCUGCCACGCUCUGUCCCUUCAUGAGAUGGACUGUCCCCUUUCAUGGCAAAUGACACCCCAGCUGAUGAAUUAACCUGGGUUUUCCCCUCUUUUUUUUUGCCCUGGGGAAGGAAAGCUUUCUAGGCAUGAGGAGAACAGAGAGACCCUCCUUUGGAGAAGGUGUUCUCAGACCCAGAGAAUCCCAUGGGAUGUGGAUUAAGCCACCUUACGUGUGUGUAGUGAGCCCAUGUGAUAGCGCAGCCAGCACCUUCGCUCGUCACUUGGACCCACACACGGCCGCAGCACCCUACAGCACCCUGCACAUGGGGAAGAGCUCGUGUGUCCUCAUCCUUUCAACGCCUGGAAGUGUAUUUUUCCCUUCUUACCUCUAAGCUGUGUCACCGCUGUAGAGGGGAAGAGGGUGGGAGCACCCCACAAGCCGGCACUUGGCUGUGAGCAAAGGGAGCGUUUCCUUCCCGCUCCAGAGUAGCUGCGCUCGGAGCUCGGGAUGCUCCGUGGCCUGGAGCAGAGGGUCUCCCUCCCGUCUGCCACAUGAUAACCCACCCAAGCUCUUCCUUCGCUUUGGUUUGCACCAUUAACUCACUGUUUGUUGUUGAUUUCGUGUGUGUGUGUGGAUGGAUUUCAGGAGGAGGUGUGAGGACGUGCUGGCCGCGGGGCACCGGGCAGGACCCCCGUGGGCAGCGCCCCCUCUCCCUUCGCACCGUCGUGUAUCCAUGGAAAUAAACUUUGGAAAGUGCA